UUUCUUUCUUUGGGCCUGAAAAAGGUUUAAGGUUUCCGGGACAAAGAAAAGACAUGAGACGAGAAAAUCGAAUAAAAAGAAAGUAGUGUCUGGUCCCCGGGAAUUCUUCUUCGCCUAUAACGAAGAGACAUUUAUGGAUCACUUAUGCAAUUCGACUUUUGCUCUUUUUGCGAAGAUGGGAUAACUCUAUCUUUUCUGUCUUUUCCCCCACUGAUGGGCUCGAACUCGAAAGUUGGUUGAUCACAGCAGGUCUAGGAGCCGAAAGAGCUCAACUGACUUAGUUGUAGAGGGCGACUGAAAAGGAAGAGGCUCGACCCAGGAUCAGGAUCCGAACCUAAGAUUGCUGGGAGAGGGGAAGGCUAUUCCCUUUGAUUGCUCCUUUGGGUUCGCGCACUGGUAAGAUUGAAUAAAUACGCUUAACUCGAGUUCUCCUUUGAGUGAUUGAAUAUCUCUUUUAGAAAGAGUGAUUCUUAUUAGUUAGUCUCAUUCCUCUGGUCGAGAACUUCAUGCCUCUCCCGUGUGGUACGAUCCGGCUUAUACUUGUACUGAUAGCACCGGUACUUUGCUUCCUUGUUGGCUUGGGGCAAAUCCCAUCCCUUCCAUUCCCUACACUGAACGGAAGGUCGGUACUAGGAAUCUAUCCAAAAUCUCUGGUCCGGGGAGCUAUCUCACGAACUGAACUUCUGAAUAUUAGCUUUGCAACUACGUGCUUCGAACCUUUCCUGGGAUUGUUGUGCCUGCUUGUCCUCAUCGAAUUGGAGAACUUUUUGGUACGCCCCUUCCUCUCUUCUUUUCGAAAAGUCAGACUCUGCUCAGGGAGUAAUCUUAGAUCGGGUCGUGCCCCCCCUUCCAUCACCCUCGGGGGAGGAAUCAUUCCAUUCAGCAGUCCUACGUGGGUCAGUGAAUGUCUUUUAUGAAAGGAUUAGACGGUGACAACUCGUGCUGUGAACAAUGCAUGCUGGUUUUUAUCCCUCUUCUCCUGCUCUAGUUGCUGUUGUCUAAGCUGAUGUCUUUAAGGGUUCAGGGAGGAUCAGCAUAUGGCUGGCUACUUCUGAACCUUGACCUUCGCUUCCCGCUGAUCCCAACGUGUGAUAGAUUGAUUCUAGUAAUGAAAGUCUUCUCCCAUCCGACUGGAUCUUUCUCUCUCCAUGGGAUGAAGUCUAGUGUUCAAGGUCUUUUGGAUUGGGCUGUGAUCCCUAUCUUUUUAUAGAGUCUCUUUCAUCUAAUGGAAUGUGUUCAGUAUCUCUCUCAGGUUUGAAUCUUUUCCUUUUUCAUUUAUCUGGUGAAUCUAUUCCCUGGCAUGCCUUUGGCAAAGUCAAGUGAUGUGGAAAAGUAGCGCAGGCAAUAUUCAGAGCAGUAUGUCAGGUCGAAGGUGAGAACUCGUGCUGUGAACAAUCCCUUUCAUCAAAUCUCUGAGAUCAGGAAGUGGCCGGGAAGCUUUCCAUUCCCGUACGGAAGAUGAAAGACGAACCUCUGGUCUAGUGGUUGGAGAAUAUCGAGUGUUGAAUGUAUUUAUUUCCCCGUCAUUGUGAGCUUUUGCGAGUAUAGAUAUCAGCUCAGGUUAGAAGAUGCUGCUGACUUAGCUCGUCCUAUCUCAAUAGUCAGGCUUUUACUUGAGUUGUUGGGAAGUGUGGUGGGGUAGGAGCAUCUCUCGAUUCCUUCCGGGCUGUCUUUCUAUAUAGGGAAUAGGGAGACCUCAGUCCAGCUCCCCACCUAUGAAUGUUGGUGACUUCUGUUCCAACUGAACUGGGGACAGUCAGGUGCACCCAUUGGACCCGGUAGAUAGAGACAGGCCAAAAGAAAAGGGAUUUUGUUAUCCAAAAUCUUUCUUAUUUUAGGUUAUGGGAUUACUCCCUACAGGUUCUCAUUUUAUGUAGGUUCAUUAUAGGGAUUUACUCCCUACAGGUUCUCAUUUUAUGUAGGUUCAUUUUUUUCGGAAACAAGAACUGAACUAAUAAUUGCAUUUUUCUUCUAUAUAAUAUAAUAAGCAAUUGUUUAAUAGGUUAUUAUAUAGCUAAAUCAGUAAUGACGUUUUUUCUAAUAAGUUCGGUUUUCCUUCUCUCCAAUGGAAUCUUCGCGACCUUCUUUCUUUUGAAAGCCCUAAGGAGCAAGAAGCCCUUGUCCUACAUACUUCUCGCGAAUAAGAGAGAGGGCAUCCAAACCCUCCUCGUUGUUUAUUUCCUUCUAUUAGGCGUCCUUCUGACCCAAUGAAAUCCCGGAUCGGCAGCUCUGUCUCUAUAUUCAAAUUGGCUUAUGGGGCUCGGUAUUCAAAUCGGGUUCCUUACCGUCCUCAAAUUUUUCUUCACCUAAAGGAGAAUUUGGUGUCAUUGCGAAGGGCGUGAAUAGGAAGAAAAGAAAGGAGUACUCAACGGGGAUAAGGGAUCCCCCCGGGUAGAGUUUAGUUGGGAGGAAGUAGCUCCCCUACUAACUGAAAGAAGAAGAGCGGAAAGAUGUGUUUGUUGCUUGUUCUUAAUCUUGCUUCUGUCGUCAGCUGAAAACCCUGUUGUUAAAUCUCGUACCAUGAACCAGCUGACUGAUGUGAAUACUUUCUAUUACGAUGAACGUCACUGAUUAGAACUGCCCUUAUUUGACGGUUGUUGUACGUCUUUUAAUUCGUGACAAUUGAACAACUACUUGUUUCCGGACGGCGCAUGGCUUUGUUUUUCAGGGGAGCGAAUGGGCUAAUAUGGGUUCGAUGUUUAGCAAUAGACAUGAUAUAUUUGCUCACAUUACGGGCUAAGGUACGUAGUGACUCGAGCGAAGCGAUAGGUCAUAAUUCUUCAUUCUUUCGUUUAGUGCAUUACUUCUUCAUCUGGUUGCAGUCAAUCAUUACUUCUUUAGGUCGAGGGUCAACUAUCGAAUCAACAUGCGUCUGUAGCCGUUGCAGAAAAAAAGAGACGGAGGAAGGAGGAGGCCCCAAUCAUAAAAUGGAAAAGAAAAAGAGAAAUGCGUAAGAAAGAAUCGGUACUAUGUCACUAACCAGCUUGUGGGUUGGUCUUCAUUUCGUACUAGCUUCAGUGCAGUGGGAUCUAUUUAUUUUCGGUAUGCCGCUUCGCGAGCAAGGAGUGCCACGCACGAGCGGAGCGAAAACUAAGCAGGGGGAAUUCUUCGUUGGGAAAAAUCCUUUUUUUGCGUAUUGAAUAUAGAUCCAUGUCUUUCUUGUUCCACUAGCUAGGACAAAAUUCUCAGAUGUCCCUUUCGUUAUUACAACCUUCUUUUUUGAUGUCAAAGACCAGAAGCUAUGCGCUAAUUCUCAUUGGAUCUCGGUUGUUCUUAACAGCGAUGGCUAUUCAUUUAAGUCUUCGGGUAGCACCAUUAGAUCUUCAACAAGGUGGAAAUUCUCGUAUUCUGUAUGUACAUGUUCCUGCGGCUCGGAUGAGUAUUCUUGUUUAUAUCGCUACGGCUAUAAACACUUUCUUAUUCCUAUUAACAAAACAUCCCCUUUUUCUUCGCUCUUCCGGAACCGGUACAGAAAUGGGUGCUUUUUUUACGUUGUUUACCUUAGUUACUGGGGGGUUUCGGGGAAGACCUAUGUGGGGCACCUUUUGGGUGUGGGAUGCUCGUUUAACCUCUGUAUUCAUCUCGUUUCUGAUUUACCUGGGUGCACUGCGUUUUCAAAAGCUUCCUGUCGAACCGGCUCCUAUUUCAAUCCGUGCUGGACCAAUCGAUAUACCAAUAAUCAAGUCUUCAGUCAACUGGUGGAAUACUUUGCAUCAACCUGGGAGCAUUAGCCGAUCUGGUACAUCAAUACAUGUUCCUAUGCCCAUUCCAAUCUUGUCUAACUUUGCUAACUUCCCCCUCUCAACCCGUAUCUUGUUUGUUCUGGAAACACGUCUUCCUAUUCUAUCUUUUCCCGAAUCUCCUUUAAGGGAUGAAAUAGAAGCUCGAUAAGGAAUAGCAAAACCUAGUUGACUUCCCAGCUCAAACUGAACGCAAACUUAUGGUUGACGCCGUAGAGAAUAUAAAGCCCAUAUGCGAAGUGGAAAAAGUACCUCUAUAUUUUGUGUAGACUGCUUAUUGAAAGUGAAAUAGAGACUUUCACUAAAGAGUGAGAUUGAGGAGUGAAAGAACCCGGUAUUCACAUAAGAAAGUGGCAGUAGUGCUUUCCUAUAUAAGAGAAAGGCUGCUCUUACCUGGGGACGUCUGCCUAAGCACCGGCUUUUGAGAGGUCUUUCUUUGUCUCUUUUCUGGACGGCUUACCUAAGCUUGGCACAGAUGUUCGUACAAUCCAAUCUGUCUUUCUCUUCAAAGACAAAAGAUGAAUAGCUUUCCUUUCUGACUGUAUUGCCUUAUCCUUGAUUCGGCAUUACCAGCCUUAGGAAUCGAUCUAGAUGCACCAUUUCCGGUCGAAAAAAAGAAGAAGUAAUUCCUCUUUGCGUAGAUGAAAAAAGGUUGGGCUACUUCCUCAAUCAAUGCCCGAGAGCUGCUCGAAGCAAAAACCUUAUCCUAAAGUAAAGUGGCAGUAGUUUAGGCGGACACCUUUUCUUUUGCCUUACCCGCUACGCCCCCUUUCUAAGUAGCAGCUUAGGGUUUGACAAACCUUAAUUCAAAAGCUGGAAACUCAUAUGCUAGUACACUUGCCCUGUAUGCCCCAUCUCCAUGAAAGUCUUAGCCAGUGCUUCUUUCCGCCUUCCAACUUAAUAGAUUCUCUCUAUCUCUAUUUCACUUUCAGGGGUGAGUAUUAAAACGCCAUAGGAAAAGAAAGGGGUUAGCUCUUAGCUCGCUGGUAGUACUGAUACAAUCAAUAUGUACACACAUAUUAGGAAACUAAAAAGCAGAAAGAUCCUUUCAAAAGGGGGUUGGAUACUCACACUCGGGAACUUUUCCCAAUCUCUCUUCAAACUUACCUUUUCAUUAAGGUUAGAACCUUCCUAAAAUUCUGGAGUUUCCAGCUAUGCCGCACUCUCAAAUCCACUCAUAAAAGCAUAGCGAGAGAGACUUCUGAUUCUUUCUUUUCUUCCUCAGUUGUCGAGGAGUCAGCCUUUAACGAAGAGGAAUGAGCCCCCCUUAGCAGACCUGUUAGAUAGGAGCCCUUUUCUCACGCCAAGAGCAGGUUUUUCUUGCUCACUCGGUAACUAGAUUCGGGGAAGGUAUCGGAGAAAUGAGAACUUUCUAUCUCCUCUUUUUCAGUCAGGGAAUUUCCACUCUUUUAAUCUGUAGCGCAACGAGGUCUCAACGAAAGGAGCUAAGGAGCGACUAAAAUAAAAAAAACCUCACUCGAGGAAAGGAGUCAGCUAGAUUCAACAGUCAAGAUGGAUUUAUUGAGUUUCUCCACUCUGGGCUGGGAAUCUCUUUCCCCGUGCGAGAAGAUAAGGUAUUGAUGUCUACUGAAUGAACUUGGCUGAUUGUGGGUCUGUGACUAUAGCCUUUUCGGGGAAAGCAGGAAUUGGGAUUGCUUACGUAUUUAGCUCUUUGUUUAGUUCCGUAGUCUUCCUACGACUUGGGGAAGCUGUUCGGAUAUGCUAUUCUUGCCUUUGCCUUAACCGUUCGCGCGUCGAUGAUGUCCUUUUCCAUCCUAUUUUUCUU